GAAUAGUUGUUGUGGAUGAAUUGCACAUGUUAGGAGAUUCUCAAAGAGGAUAUUUAUUAGAACUUCUGCUGGCAAAGAUUUGUUUUUUGACUAAAAGAAUAAAGAACAAGGCCAUGACCCUGGUAGCGUUUCUUAAGUCCUUGAAGACCAGAUGUUCCCUUGGCAUGAGUUCUGAGGGAGAUGAGGACCACAUGGUGACUCUGUGUUAUGAGACAAUUCAGGAUGGCCAUUCAGUUCUUGUAUUUUGCCCAACAAAGAAUUGGUGUGAGAAAUUAUCAGACAUUAUUGCCAGGGAAUUCUGCAGUAUUCAACAAAAGUGUAAGUCAAGAGGGAUUGAAGAAGAGAAGGAUCUUCAAAAGAUGUCAACCCUUUCACCAGUCACACUGUGCCAGGAAGGGAUAGAAAAGUUGCUGAUUCAGUUAAAGCGGUCUCCUUCUGGCUUGGACAGUGUGCUUCACCGGACUAUCAAAUGGGGAGUUGCUUUUCACCAUGCAGGUUUGACAUUUGAUGAACGAGACAUGAUUGAAGUAGCUUUCCGUCAAGGCGUCCUACGAGUUUUAAUAGCAACUUCUACACUUUCUUCGGGGGUAAAUCUGCCUGCACGUCGGGUAAUUAUCCGAACUCCUGUAUUUGGUAGCAGAUUGUUGGAUAUCUUGACAUACAAACAAAUGGCUGGAAGAGCUGGAAGGAAAGGAGUAGAUACUAUAGGUGAGAGUAUUUUGGUAUGUAAGCCCUCUGAAAAAUCAAAAGGAAUUACUCUUCUCCAUGGUAGUAUGAAGCCACUAUGUAGCUGUUUGCUUAGCCUCAAUGGAGAAGGAGUCACCUCCAGUAUGUUACGGGCAAUUCUUGAGAUCAUAGUAAGUGGAAUAGCUAGCUCUUCAGAAGACAUCCAGAGUUAUUCAUCCUGUACACUCCUUGCAGCUAGUUUGAGAGACUUCCAGGACUGUAGGAAAGACCAGGAGAAAAUUUGUGAUGGAUCUAUUGAGAGUUGUGUAAAGUGGCUGCUUGAGAAAGAAUUCAUCAUGAUUUCAGUAUCGGAUGUUGGCAAAGAUGAGUACCAGGCAGCAACCAAUCGCACUAGUCACCUGCCUCUGUUAGAUUUAGAGGUGACCCAGGGUCCCUUUAGUCCAAUAAUACCAAUCAACACGUCUGGGCUCUGGGGCAGUAGAGUAUCACAGCCCCAGGGAAGAAGUGUGGAGGCCACUUUUACCCUCCACGGCAGUGGGCAGUUGCCACCUAUCCUGGCCAUGCACUCCAUGCCAGCCAUGUGCUUCAUGACAACUAGCUUCCAGGACAUUAUUGCAGAAGCCAUUAAGCAGGGCACUGCAGCUGGGCUACAGGAAAGAGCUUAUGAGACACCCACAGAGUCUCCGAGGGCCAUCCCUAGGGCAGAGGUGACCCCAGAGAUGGUUGAGGACCUAUCCCCGGCUCGAUAUCAUCGCAGCCAAUCCCCUGUCUCUGAAGAGGGAGAGAUCAGGGAGGCAGAGUUAUCAGAGGAGGAGAGGACAAUCCCAGAUAAGCCCACCUGUACGGGGCUCUUUCCUCCUGCCUUGUUUAAACCAUUACUAUGCAAGGCUAAGGCCUCAUCUGAGCUUGGGGGGCAGGCGGAGGUCUCCACAGUCCCCUCACAAGCCCCAUCAGCCAGUGCCUUGUUCAUUGAACACAAGUCCUCAAGCCUGAGGAUAAGAGGGCUGACCAGGCCCUUCAGCAAGGAUACCAGGCAUCCGCCUGGACUGUGUGGGUAUCGACAGCCGCUUCAUUCUUUUCCAGGUCCAGCUUGUUUUGGCUACAACAACUGCAAGAGAGGCUCCCUGCCGGUGACUCCAGGGCUCACCAACAGCUGA